ACAGCAGCCCGCUACACCCGGACCCGGACCCGCUGAGCCCGGACCGCUGUCUGACAGGAAGUGUGUUGACACUCCGCUGACAGACAACAAAGACUACUCCUCAUCCUGCUCACGACUUCCUGUCAGCAGGAGAGAAGAAGAAGAAGAGAGUUUAUUCUUAUAUAUAUUUAAUGCCAUGCUCAAAGUCUGACCGAUAGGUGUGUUUGUUUCGUGAGUCGGUCUCUGCUCAGAAGACGGGAGGUUGCCCCCCCGGCGGCCAUGUUGUGGCUACGCCUCCGUCUUAAAGCAACACUUUGACGUUUGAGAGCAGAGCGACCUUUUUCCCAUGAGGCCUUCAGUGUCUUGAUUUAUUUUUCUACUCGUGGUAUUUGUGUUCAGAAGGAUUUUGUUCUCGCCGGCCUCGGCUCAACAGCGUCGACGGGUCGGCCGAUGAUGGCGGAGUCCAGCUCGGCGCCGCCGGCAGCAGAUCUGCUGAUCGAACACAACAAAGAGGAUAACAUCUCGAAAGAACUGAUCGUAACCACGGCGACGGGCGGGUCAACGGAGGUCCCGAGCAGCAACGGCGCCGCAGACAGUCCUCUUCCCACCAAAGUCCUGAAGGAGGAGGAGGAGGAGGCCACGCCCACGCCGCCGGAUACGUCCUCGCUGUCGUCUGAAAACGGGACGAUCACCGCCGUCACCACAGAAGAAGAAUCUCUGUCGGUUCUACUCAGACACAUCAAGACCGAAGGAGGACAGGAGCGAGGAGGAGAGCCAGGUCUAGACCUGGACCUGGAGGAGUCCUCCUCCGUGCUGACGGCCGGCGGCUCAGACGACCAGCGUGAGUCCACCGACUCUGCGUCCUUUUCCAUCCCCAGUCUGGAGCUGUCUGAAGGGGUCCCGGUCCCGGGGAGCUCCCUGGACGUGGAGGACGGCCUGUCCUCGUCCUGCUCGGCUGUCGGGGGGGAGGGCUGCUCCCCGUCCACCGAGGUCCCCGGUCUGAAGGAUCAGGACCCGCCGGAGGCUGCUGGGGGCGCUGUGGCUCCUCCCCCUCCUGCUGCUGGCUCCUCCUCCUCCACAGCUGCUGCUCCGGAGGCGGGGCCGUCCAUGCCGGCAUAUUACCUGGUGAAGUGGAUCACCUGGAAGGAGAAGAAGACGCCCAUCAUCACUCAGAGCGAGAACGGACCCUGCCCCCUGCUGGCCAUCAUGAACACUCUGUUCCUCCGCUGGAAGGCUAAACUUCCGGCUCAGACUGAAGUCGUCACCGCCGAGGACCUGAUGGCUCACCUGGGAGAGUGUGUGUUGUCUGUUACACCCAGAGAGAAGGCCGACGGGAUGGAGCUCAACUUCCAACAGAACAUGAGCGAUGCCAUGGCCGUGCUCCCUAAACUGUCCACAGGUCUGGACGUUAACGUGCGUUUCACCGGAGUGACGGACUUCGAGUACACACCUGAAUGCAUCGUGUUCGACCUGCUGAACAUCCCGCUGUACCACGGCUGGCUGGUCGACCCACAGAGUCCAGAGAUGGAGGCUUCUGUGGGGAAACUGAGUUACAACCAGCUGGUGGAGAAAAUCAUCGACUACAAACACUCAACGGACAGCAGCCGAGUCAGUGAAGGUCUGGUGGCGGAGCAGUUCCUGGAGUCCACGGCGACCCAGCUGUCGUAUCACGGUCUGUGUGAGCUCAACACCACGGCCACGGAGGGAGAAAUCUCUGUGUUCUUCAGGAACAACCACUUCAGUACCAUGAUCAAACACAAGGGUCACCUGUACCUGUUGGUGACGGAUCAGGGCUUCCUUCAGGAGGAGGGUUUGGUCUGGGAGUCUCUUCAUAAUGUCGAGGGAGACGGAAACUUCUGCGACUCAGACUUCAGACUGUGUCAUCCUCCUCAGAGAGCUCCACCCACAACAAUCCUGCCUCCCAGUGCCCAGGAGCAGCAGAGACAGAUAGACCAGGACUACCUGGUGGCGGUGUCCCUGCAGCAGCAGCAGGGCGGGGCCCCGGGGCCCCUCAGUGACCUGGAGUUGGCCCAACAGCUCCAACAGGAGGAAUACCAGCAACAGCAGCAACUCCAGCAGCAACAACAACAGCAACCGCAGCAACAGGGAUCACUGCAGGCAGCACCGCCGGUCAGAGGUCAGGGGUCACAGCAGGGCGGAGCCAGGAGAAGAGAGAAGGACUCAGACUGUGUCGUCCUAUAGACUGUCCUUCAUCUUCUACUACCAACCACCAAACCCCCGAUCCAGUCCGUCUGCAGCGGGGAGGAGGUCACACGCACACGCACACACACGCACAUGCACACGCACAUGCAUACGCACAUGCAUACGCACACGCACAUGCAUACGCACACGCACACACACACACACACGCACACACACUCAGCUCGAUGCCAAACCCCAGUGCUUUGUUACACAGUUGGUUUCAGACGUGAUUCCAGAUUUGGAAAAGUUUGUAAAAAUGUGAGAAAUUAAAGUCUGGUGUAAACCAGGUCCGUCUGUUGCAUAAAGGGUUUCAUGUUGUUACUAACAGCUUCAUUAAGGGCCAAUAAGGUAUUUACUAAUCUUAGAUGAUCAGCUCUGAACCAUUUAAAUAGUUUAGAGCUGAAACAAUUAUGAAAACUAAGCAAAAAUGGUCAAAUAUAAAAUAACCAGAAAUUAAGGAAGGAAGUGAUGUAGUAACCAUCACAUUGAAUUAGCAUUUGUUCAAAUCACAAAUUCAAUAAUUAAAUAACAAUUCAGCAGUUUUAAAGGCUAAUAAAUAAAUUAUACAAUGUCAAACUGUUGGAUUUCUAUCUGAUGAACUAAAGAUGACUGAAGGAUGAACGGAUGAUUAUAAAUGUGUCAUAACUGAUCUAUGAAGUCAAAGCUAUUCAUCUUUACUGAAGCUGUUCGUUACUAGAGAACGCUACGUUAAAGGAAGAAGGGAAACCGGUGGAAAAAUCUGCUCAUUUAAUCUUUAUUUUUAUGUGAUGGGACCAGUUUCACCUCGUCACUGGUUCAGGAAUGAGCUCCACUACAGUCGUGAACAUCAAAGAUGUCCGACCUCCUCUGGUGAAACCGAUCUCUCUCUUUAUAUAAUAAUAAAAAUAAUAAUAAUAAUAAUAAUAAUACACAAGUGAUUCAAUACAAAAGUCCCUUCAGAUUUCACUGGUUUUAGUUUUCCAGCAGAUUCUUUUUUAUUAACGAAGGCAGAAAAUGAGCUCUGACGUCAAACUAAGUUUCUCCUGUUGAUUGAAAUCAUAUUAUUGUUUUAAUCCUCAGCUGCUUAUUGAUUAUUGGUUGUCUUAAUGAACUCUGUAGCAACAAAAACAGGAAUGUUCUUAAAAACGAAAACAACCAUUUAUGUAGUUUUAGGAUUCUUACUUCCACUAUGAUGUAACUCUGAUUAAAUGUGUUAAUUACAGCAAAGUGUUACUGUUUAAUAAACCUCUGAAUCAAAAGCAUCGCUAUUUAAUAACAGAAUCCAAAAGUAAUGAUUUCAUUCACACAAACAUCUGAUGGACCCGAUGCCCAGAGCGUCCUUAUUUUAAACGUUUAUCUUUGUAUGGAAGCCCGGAGGUGACUGAAAAUAUAUUAGAAUAGAUAAAAUUACUUAAAAAUGAUUAAUUUGUCAAAGGUCAAAAACAUUGAAUCGUAUUAAGUCAUAAAUAAGAAAUAGAAAUAAAAAAAUGUUGAAUUUAUAUUUUGUAAGAAUAAAACAAACUUAAUAUUUAACAUAAUUUUGAUUCAAUUAACAUUAAUUAUUUGUCUCAACUCAUAUUUUAUGACCUAAUAUCUCAUAAUUGUCUCUUAAUAAGAGAAUCAUGACUUCCCUCAUAUUUUUUACAUUUUUAUUAUUUGAACUAAUUAUUUAGUGAGUUAGAUCUACGAUCCUAACAUCUGGGUUUGCCCUUUCCGGGCUUCCGUACAUUUAAAAUCUGCUGUUCUGGAUCACUUUUAUGUUUUUGUUCUGUCGGGACUGAAACGAGACAAACUGAACUUUAAGCACAUUUUGGACUAAAACCUUGUUAUUAUAUUAUAUUAAUUAUAUAAUAUAUUAUAUUAUGUUGUUAUGUUAUGUUAUAUUAUAUUAUAUCAUAUUAUAUGAAUUAAUGACGGAGACCUGUUUUCACUUGUAACUCCUGACCGACUCAGGAACACGAGUCCUGAUUUAAAGCCACGUUAAAUAAGUCUUUUCUCUCAUCACUAAAACUUUCCCAUCAUGCCUCUCUCUGUGUUUUCGGGGCGUCGCCGGUACUUCCUGUUGUCGUCCGGUGUUUUUAAAAGGCGUCGGCCUGUUUAAGCUUUGUAUUUAAUUUGUCAUGAUGUCAAAUUAUCAGUAAAAACAAAAUCCAACUCUG